AGAAUGGAAUCCAUCAUAAGGAUCAACAAUCCUGCGGACAUCUCUGUUAUUGUCAUCUACUUUUUGUUAGUUCUGGCAGUGGGACUAUGGGCUAUGUACUCCACCAACCGAGGCACAGUGGGUGGGUUUUUCCUGGCUGGAAGGAGCAUGGUUUGGUGGCCGAUUGGUGCUUCUCUGUUUGCCAGCAACAUUGGCAGUGGGCACUUUGUGGGAAUAGCAGGAACAGCAGCAGCUGGAGGAAUUGCCAUCGGAGGAUUUGAGUGGAAUGCUCUGGUAUUUGUGGUGAUUCUAGGAUGGCUCUUUGUGCCCAUCUACAUCAAAGCUGGGGUGGUGACAAUGCCAGAGUACCUGAAGAAGCGUUUUGGAGGGAAACGGAUCCAGGUCUACUUGUCCGUCCUUUCCCUGAUCCUGUAUAUUUUCACAAAGAUCUCAGCUGACAUAUUCUCUGGAGCUGUAUUUAUCCAGCUGGCCAUAGGGCUCAAUCUUUAUGUGGCCAUAAUUAUCCUGCUUGCUAUUACUGCUCUUUACACUAUCACAGGUGGCCUUGCAGCUGUGAUUUACACAGACACCUUACAAACAUUCAUCAUGGUAGUGGGAUCCAUUAUUCUCACAGGAUUUGCAUUUACUGAAGUAGGAGGGUAUGAGGCUUUCAUGCAGAAGUACAUGGCAGCCAUUCCAUCCAACAUCACCUAUGGGGACACUCAGGUGGAUCCCAAGUGCUACACUCCUCGCAGUGACGCCUUCCACAUCUUCCGAGACCCCACCGGGGACCUGCCGUGGCCAGGGCUCAUCUUUGGCCUGAGCAUCAGUUCUUUGUGGUACUGGUGCACAGAUCAGGUCAUUGUCCAAAGAUGUCUCUCUGGAAAGAACAUGUCCCAUGUGAAGGCUGGCUGUAUCCUGUGUGGGUACCUCAAACUCUUGCCCAUGUUUAUCAUUGUGAUGCCUGGAAUGAUCAGCAGGAUUUUGUACCCAGAUGUGGUGGCUUGUGUUGUGCCUGAAAUCUGUCAGCACUAUUGUGGCACCGCAGUGGGCUGCACAAACAUUGCUUACCCAAAACUGGUAGUGGAGCUUAUGCCAAAUGGUCUGCGGGGUCUGAUGCUGUCAGUCAUGCUGGCCUCCCUUAUGAGCUCCCUGACAUCCAUUUUUAACAGUGCCAGUACUUUGUUCACGAUGGAUAUUUACACCAAAAUUCGGAGCCGGCCGUCUGAGAAGGAGCUGAUGCUGGCUGGCAGGGCAUUUAUGUUACUCUUAAUUGGCAUCAGCAUUGCCUGGGUUCCUGUGGUGCAGUCAGCUCAGAGUGGGCAGCUCUUUGAUUAUAUUCAGUCUGUUACCAGCUACCUAGGACCUCCCAUUGCUGCUGUUUUCCUGCUUGCUAUCUUCUGCAAGCGUGUCAACGAGCAGGGUGCCUUCUGGGGCCUAAUUGUUGGGCUGCUGGCCGGACUGGCCAGGAUGAUCACAGAGUUUGCCUACGGAACUGGCAGCUGUGUGGCCCCUUCCAACUGCCCCUUCAUCAUCUGUGGCAUUCACUACCUCUACUUUGCAAUCAUCCUCUUCGGGGUUUCCGCCAUCGUCAUCCUGGCAGUCUCCUUCAUGACCAAGCCCAUUCCUGAUGUACAUCUUUACCGCUUGUGCUGGUCCUUGCGGAACAGCAAAGAAGAACGGAUUGAUCUUGAUGCAGAUGAGAAGCAGGACAGAGCUGAUGAAAAAGAUGAUGAAUCAGUUAAUGAGGAAAACCAGGAGGACCCAGGAUGCUGUAGGAAAGCUUACAACUGGUUCUGUGGCUUGGACCAGCAGAAGGGCCCCAAACUGAGUAAGGAGGAAGAAGAGGCAAUGAAGAAAAAACUGAUGGACACCAGUGAAGUGCCACUGUGGAGAAACAUUGUGAAUAUCAAUGGCAUCAUCCUCUUGACUGUGGCUGUGUUUUGCCAUGCCUACUUUGCAUAA